AUGAUACAGCCACACUACCUCAACAUCACCACCACCACCACCACCACCACCACAGUCUCCUCCUACUCCUCCUACUCCAGCCUCUUCUCGACACCUACUACCGCCACCGCUGCCACCGAUGCAUCCGGCCUCGUAUCAAACCAACAACCCUCCCAAUCCCUUCCCGCCAUCACCAAUAAUGACCCCGACGCCAACCCCGACGCCAACCCCCUCUUCUCCCCAACCGAAGGUCCCACCCUAACAGCCAUAAUCGACACCGUUCUCGUUCUUGUCUUGAUUACCUUUAUUACCGUGUGUAUUCUACAGUGGUGGCGAGAUCGACAGCGCCGAGAACGCUUCGAACGACAACAACGACGGGAGGUGGAAGAUGUCGAAGAAAGAGAUCUCGAAGAACGAGAAUGCCAUGAUCAUUCUUGGGUUCCUGGUCCUGUUGAUGGAGUCCAGCGCCCGCUUACCGAUGGAGGAUUUACUAAAGAGGGUUUCGAGGGUUUCGAGGGUAGAAGGGUGUAG